AUGUCUUGGAAGCUCGGCAAGAGCAAGAGCAAGUCCCCCGCGAAUGGCCUCUCCAUCCAGGACAUGGCCAUGGACGCUCGUUCCACGACGCCCACACCCGGGAACCCGGAUGGAAAGCCCCAGCCCGGUCUCCUCACCAUCCGCGUCCUCUGGGCGGAGGAUCUCUCUGUCCCUGGUGGUGCUGCCGUCCCGCCCGCCGUCCAGGCCGCGCUCACCUCCCAGCAGGCCAAGGUCGCUGCCUCCGUCUCGCCCUCGAGUGUCACCCAGCACCGGCUCGCCAACCGUCGCAGCAACCGUGACAGCGUCCAACGCACCCAGUGCUGGUGGCUUCCCUACCUCGUCAUGGAGUUCGAGGUCAACCAGGUCCUCAUCACCCCGCUCGGUGGUGACCUUGGCAAGCCGCUGUACAUGUACGAGACCACCUUCGAUGUGUCACGGCACUCCGAGAUCUCCAUCCAAUGCUACCUCCGUACCGAGGAACCCAAGCGCGGCGGCGAUGGUGUCGCAGACGACAUGGGCAACGAUAUCUUCAUGGGCGGCUCCCGUUUCAUGCCUGAUUUCGACGACCCCGCGGGACAGGACCAAUGGUAUGAUCUCGUUGGCGGCUCCGGCGGUCGCAUCCAGAUCGGGGUCUCGUUCAGGCCAAGCUUGGGCCAAUCGCUGACCAUCGAUGACUUCGAGCUCACCACCGUGAUCGGGAAGGGGAGCUUCGGCAAGGUCAUGCAAGUGCGGAAGCGGGACACGUCGCGUAUCUACGCGCUCAAGACUAUCCGCAAGCAGUACAUCGUUCAGCGUGGCGAGAUCACACAUACCCUCGCAGAGCGCCUGGUCCUCGCUCGCGUCAACAACCCGUUCAUCGUUCCUCUCAAGUUCAGCUUCCAGUCGGAACAAAAGCUUUACCUCGUUCUCGCCUUCGUCAACGGCGGAGAGCUCUUCCACCACCUACAGCGCGAGCAGCGGUUCAACGAGGUUCGGUCUCGGUUCUACAGCGCGGAGCUGCUUCUGGCGUUGGAGCACCUCCAUGAACUUGAUGUCGUCUACCGCGACCUCAAGCCUGAGAACAUCCUGCUUGACUACACCGGUCACAUCGCGCUGUACGAACACUUCUGCGGCACGCCUGAAUACCUCGCUCCCGAGAUUCUCUGCGGCCAGGGCUACAACAAGACCAUCGACUGGUGGACCCUCGGUGUGCUCCUGUACGAGAUGCUCUCGGGUCUUCCUCCCUUCUACGAUGAGAACACGGACACGAUGUACCAGAAGAUUCUUCAUGACCCGCUCAUCCUCACUGGAUUGCUCACCCGCGACCCGACGCAGCGCCUGGGCGUCAACGGUGCAGAGGAGAUCAAGUCGCAUCCGUUCUUUGCGAACCACAUCGACUUCCAGAAGCUCGUUCAGAAGAAGAUCCAGCCGCCGUUCAAACCCAGUGUCUCGUCUCCCGUCGACGUGUCCAACUUCGACACCGUCUUCACCACGGAGGCGCCGAUGGACAGCGUCGUCGAGGGCUCGCAGCUCUCCCAAACCGUGCAGGCGCAGUUUGCGGGCUUCUCGUACGACGGCACUGGGAUGCCCAUGAGCCCGACAUAA